CAUCUCGUGCACAUUUUCUCGUCGAAAAGUUAAGUUUUUUAUAAAAAAAAAUAAUGAAUCUAGUGUUAGUUAAUGAAUUAUUACUGCCUCGUAUAAUAGUGAAUGUGAAAAGUGAUAAAAGUGGAAAAAUUAGUGUUAAAAUAAAUCAUUUUUGUUCGGGCGAAAACUUGUGUUUUUUGUGGUGAAUACUGUGCGGAUUGCGAUAUUUAUUUGUUUAAUUUCUCUUUAAAUCUUGUAUAACAGCAAUUGUUAUCAAUAUUAUUAUUGUGUUUCGUAUUCCAUUGAAAAGGAAUAUGACUAUUUGGAAGCAUUACUCGAUAAAAAUGAGUGUUUGCGACUUUUCGUUACCGGACUUUGCGGGCGGGAGUUUAACGAAUAUUUUGAGGUCAAACAAGGCGAGACUUUGAGUGUUACGUGAGUGAACCGAAUCUGUACUCUGAUAUUCCUGUGCGAAGUUUGCCUAUACAGAGGAUGAUAUACAGGAUUUCGAUACCAUUCAUAUUGGAAAAUUAUAAAGGGACCAAGGAGUCGCCAUCCGAAUUAAUACAGAAAUAAACAAUGAAACAUUACACCACACUUGGACUCUUUAUGUUUGUGAACACCCUCGGCAUUAUUUAAUAACCUCGCCUGAUAGUGCUUACAACGAGGUUCGAACCCUAAAAGACAACAUUUCUCAAGGGACGCACCGUAAAGAUAAACAUUUCCCUCUAAAUGGAUGCAUCUAAUGGGUGACGUAAUGUUCCCAAAGCCAAAUGACCCUACCAAGGAUGAAUGCUAAUCAUCAAAAGGAAUUAGGAAAUUUCCUAGCUGCGGACCAAAAGUGAUGAAAGAAUCUAAAAAGUUUAAAACAUUCGGACAAAGUGUUUAGUGAAUAGUGUUUAGUGUUAAGUGAAAACUAAAAUUUGAUGCAGGUCAAUAAAAGUGUUUAGUGUUAACGUUAGGUAAUUGAAGUGACAAUCAAGAGUCGAAGUAGAGAAGAACUGAGUAUUUUUUUCAAGAGAGUUGUGUGUUAAACAAGAAGAUAGUGACAGAAGUUUUCGAAAACAGCAGGAUACGAUCUGUUCAUCAAUGGACAGGAAGCAGCCAUUGCAGAGUCAUCGCUCCGUCAAGGGAAUAUCAACAAUCGACGGAAUUAAAUUAAAAUUGUCUACACUCGAAGAAAAUUGGAUUUACCACCAUGUCUUAUCAAAAUCACUCGGAAAAUUUGUCUCCAAAUUUAAAAAAUGGUCUUUCUUCUCCAAAUGUAAUUCAUUGUGAAAACAAAGAUUUGAAAUUAUCAUGGAUCAAGAAGUACUUGAAGGAAGAUGUCAGAAUAUCCGAAAUAUUCAAAAUGUGCCUUGCCGAAUUAAUUGGAACUGGAAUUCUAGUAUUUUUGGGAUGUAUGGGUUGUGUGGGGAGUCUAGGACAUCGACCAUCGCCGUUGCAAAUUUCUUUUACUUUCGGAUUGGCUGUCAUGGUCAUCAUACAGAGUAUUGGUCACAUCAGCGCCGCUCAUAUAAAUCCAGCAAUAACACUAGGAUCAGUUGUCCUUGGAAAAAAAUCUUUGCCAAUUGCGAUACUUUACAUUUUUGCUCAACUCGUUGGUGCUAUUAUUGGUUUCGGUUUAUUAAAGAGUGUAACUCCCGAAAUGCUUCUACACAGCGGAAACGAAACGACAAGUUCCGAAUUUUGUGUAACUGAUUUACACAACAAUAUUUCAAUGUUUCAAGGAUUUGUCAUUGAAGUGAUUGCAACGGGGAUUUUGAUGUUGAUGACGUGCGGAGUUUGGGACGCAAGACAAACGAAAUUUGGAGAUUCGGUUUCAAUAAAAUUCGGCCUGGCAGUCGCGGUAAUUUGCAUGGCAGUUGGUCCCUACACUGGUUGCAGCAUGAAUCCAGCUAGAUCUUUAGCGCCUGCAAUUUGGAAUAAUCAUUGGUCGAAUCAUUGGGUAUUUUGGUUUGGUCCCUUCGUUGGAUCAUUGCUCGCGUCAUUAUUCUAUCGCUUUAUUUUUUGGCCACAGGAAUUUCAGGAGAUGAGGCCAAACGCUGAGGCAUAUCAUGUGUCUUUGUGAAUAAAAAAAAGAAAAAAAAAGAAAAUCGAAACAUUUUUGCCCAAGCUUUAUAGAGACUGACUCGUGAAAAAAAUACAUAUCACUCAUAUAAUGUAUUUUUGUCUCGGUGAGAAUAUUUAAAUGCCUGUUUAAAUAUAUUUUUGCAAGAUAUUUAAAUUUGUUGUAAGUAUAAAAUUUAUUGUUAACUAUAUGUUUAAAAUUAUAUUGUUAGAAGUGCUUUUUGUGUAAAUAAAAGGAUUGUUUUUCA